UUAAUUUGAAUGAAAAAUAGCUCUUUAUUGUGAAUAAAUUACAUAUUGGUUUAUUUCCAUUUUAAACCUGUUUCGAAAUGCACAGCAGUAAAAUCAAAGAGUAGUACAAAUCAACCAUUUCCUUUGUCUUUGGCAAAGAGCUGUCACUGAAGGCUGUCAGUGUACUGGUCCCUGAUGUGAUUCUGUAAUUUUUGUUUAUUUCCGCGAUGUUUUCAACAACUUUCAAGUAAUAAUGUUACACAAGAUGCCCCAUUUCCGUAGAAAAAAAAGCGGAAAAAGUUUUCCAGUGAAAGUGUGCACGUUAGACGCAGAGCUGGAAUUCAAUUUGGAAUGGAGAGCAACUGGCAGGGAUCUUUUCGAAUUAGUCUGCAGGACAACAGGAAUAAGGGAAACUUGGUAUUUUGGCCUACAAUAUGAGGAUUCUAAGGGCUUCAUUUCAUGGCUCAAAUUAGAUAAAAAAGUGCAGGAUCAAAGUAUUCAAAAAGACCAUCACAGUACUGCCUCCUUUAUGUUUCUUGCCAAGUUUUAUCCUGAGGAAGUUGCAGAAGAGCUAGUUCAGGAAGUUACACAACAUCUUCUAUUUCUGCAAGUGAAACAAGCCAUUUUAUCCAUGGAUGUUUAUUGCCCACCUGAAGCGUCAGUCCUGCUCGCAAGUUAUGCCGUACAAGCCAAGUUUGGAGAUUUCGAUGAAGACACCUACAAACCUGGUAUGCUCGCCAGCGAAGAUUUACUACCUCAAAGGGUGAUAGACCAGUAUCAGAUGACCUCGGCCAUGUGGGAAGACAAGAUUAAAGUCUGGUAUGCCGAUCACAGGGGGAUGUCGAGGGACGAGGCAGAAAUGGAAUAUUUGAAGAUAGCUCAGGAUCUAGACAUGUACGGCGUAAACUAUUUCCCUAUAGCUAAUAAAAAAGAAACUGAGCUUUGGCUGGGAGUGACUGCGUUGGGGUUGAAUAUUUACGAGAAGGAGAAUAAAUUACAGCCAAAGACGACUUUUACAUGGGCCGAAAUCAGGCAUAUCAGUUUCGAUGAUAAGAAAUUCAUGAUCAAGCCUGUGGAUAAGAGUUCCCCUAAUUUCAUCUUCUUCAGUCAGAAAGUUCGAAUGAAUAAGUUGAUUUUAGAUCUGUGUAUGGGCAAUCACGAUCUGUUCAUGAGGAGACGGAAGCCCGACUCGAUGGAGCUACAGCAGAUGAAAGCCGCAGCUAAAGAGGAGAAACAAAGGAGGCAGGAACAGAGGAAUAGGUUGGCACGCGAGAAGAAACUAAGAGAGGAAGCGGAGAAGGAAAGGGCAGCUUUGGAACAGAGGCUGCUUCAGUAUCAAAAAGAAAUAUCCUCGGCUAAUGAAGCUCUCAGGAGAUCGGAGGAAAGCGCUGACCUCUUAGCCGAAAAGAGCCGAAUAGCCGUUGAGGAAGCCAUAUUGUUAAGCCAAAAAGCCGCAGAGGCCGAACAAGAAAUAGCACUUUUAAGACUGACAGCUAUGCAAAGGGACGAAGAAAAGGUCACCCUGGAGCGUAAGACCAGAGAAGCCGAGAUGUUAACGGCUAGACUUGUUGAGGAGUCCGAAAGGAGGGCAUCGGAAGCUGACAAAUUGAAAGAGGAACUGAUCAGGGCUAGAGAGGCCGAGAAGCAAGCCAAAGAGAAGCUUUUAGAGUUCCUGAGCCGGAACGCUUACCAAGGGUCGAAUAACAAAGUUGGAUCAAUAUCCUCGUCGCUGAACACCUUAUACGCACCACCGUUAAGUCCACCGCUCACUCCAGACCUCAAUCUGUUAGAUCAGGACAGUUCGCCGAUGCUUAAUUUAAGUUUGAACUCCUACGACCUCUUGCAGAAUGCAGAUGCCGAUCAAUUGUCUCUGGAGAUCGAGAAAGAGAGGGUUGAUUAUUUGGAGAAGUCGAAGCAUCUGCAGAACCAACUCAGGGAGCUCCGGUCUGAGAUUGCGGUGUUGAAAGUGGGGGACAAACAGACGGAUUUCGAUCAGUUGCACGACGAACAGAUUAAGUUGGGGGAGAAUAAGUAUUCCACCUUGAAAAAGAGCAAGUCGGGUUCGACUAAGUCACGAGUGGCCUUCUUCGAAGAAUUAUAAUUAUUUAAUGUGAAAUAUGACUAUUUUAAGAAUAAACGUAAAUAUAUAUUUAUACAUAA